UACAGAGAGACGAGUUUCGCUUUAAACGCGUUCUUUCUAUCGCCUUUUCCUAACGUCUCGUACACCUUUCAUCGAUAAUAUCUAUUAUAAAACGUCUUAGAGAGCUAUGAUCUUUCACGUUGCAUCGACCGCCAUAUUAACGAACAUCUUUAUAUUGGAACUUUAUUCAAUAUAUACUUACAACACGAUGAUCGAUUCGAACUUUCUAAACGAGAAUCCUUUGCAUCGUAUAUUCGUAUAUGGAACUUUGAAGAGAGGAGAACCAAAUCAUAAACUCAUACAGGAUACGGCUAAUGGAUAUGCAAAAUUUCUUGGAAUUGCUAGAACUACGUCAUCUUAUCCAUUGAUAAUUGCUACCAAAUACAACAUUCCAUUUUUACUGAAAAAACCAGGAAUCGGUCAUCAUGUGAUCGGCGAGAUAUACGACGUCGAUUCGAAGAUGUUGACGAGAUUGGAUGAACUCGAGGAACAUCCAAAUUUUUAUGAGCGUGUGGAAGAGGACGUUCUCAUGGCAACAGAAUCUAAAUUCAAAUCCAAUAAUAAUUUCGAAGAGAUCGGCUCGUUAACAAAAGCAUGGAUUUACUUUUUACCAAAAUUCAAGGCUUCCUUACUCGAAGGACCAAUGUACGAAUCCUACAGCAAUGAGGGAGAUCAUGGAUUAAAAUAUGGAGAAAAGUACGUUCGCGAUCCUACAUUUGAUCACAGAAGAGAGCGACGUAAGUACAGCAACUUAUGAGGACGUACUUUGACAAUGUCCAAGGUCAUGCACGAAUAAAUAUGAAUGUAACUAUUGUUUAAUUCAAUAUCGUGAUCUGUGAUGAGAUCUUGUAUUCGUAGUAUCUAUAUAUAUAACCAUACGUAUAUGUAUUUAUAUAUAUAUAUUUUAUAUAUAUAUAUAUAUAUGUAUGUAUAUAUGUAUAUAAGUAAACAUACGUAUAUCGAAGCUGUAAAUACAAAGAGAAAAGAAAAGAAAAAAAAAAGAAAAAAAAAAAAGAAAAGAACGAACGAGUUAAGCUGAUCUAAAAAGUAUUUAAUAUUUAAUAUAAGCUUUGUUUUACACUCACCUCCAAAAGUACAUUAACAAUUUCUAUUUCUUGCUCUUUUUCUUUCUUUAAUAAAACAAAGAAAAAGAAUAUCUCUCUCUCUCUAUAUAUAUAUAUAAACAAAGUAAACGAAUCAAUGUGUAGGAUUCAAUCUUGUGAUAACGAUCAACGCGAAUUCAAAAGAAAAAAGAAAAAAAAAAAAACAUCAACAGAGUUAAUAAAUCG